UUAUUUCAUUAAGGUUUCUACUCAUUAACGUUUCUACUGGAUACGUAACAAUAACAAUAACAAUAACAAUGUGUUUAUAUAAACGUUAAAAUGUUUCUUUACGUUUGUCAUCGGCGUGUGACCGAAGUAUUAUCGAUCAGUAAUGUCGUUGCAUAAAUUCAAUUCCUUAUACGACGAUUACUCUUCUGAGAAUACAAAACAUGUGCCUUACGUCGAAGAAGAAUUACAUUCUUUUAAUAUAUAACAUAGAGAGAAUAUAAAAAAUAUAAGCAAUUUUUUUAAUAAUUAAAUAUAUCUCUGAAUCCAAGAAUAUAUUUGUUUGUUAUCAAGAUGUAUAAUGAUGGAUCAAGUGAUCAUGAUUGUCAGCAAUUAAAAAAAGGAUUUUAUAGAAAUUUCUUCGAAUACGAUCAAACAAAUACUGAUGAGUUUCUUCUAAACCGUGAUUUUAAUAGUAAUGCGGAAAGAUUAAUCGAAGAAGCCAAUAAAGUUGUUGUUAAAAAUUUAGAGGAUUCUAUAAAUAUGAAUGAAUCUUUUAUUAUGGGACCAAAUAAACAAAUUUUACUAAGUUAUAAAUUUGGAAACACGAUGAAAUUUUUUGAACUAUGGAACAAAUAUAUACCUGAUCAUAUAAAAACAUGUAAAGAGUACAAAAUCUUAACGCUUAAAUUGCAUGUAUAUUUUGUCAUUUUACCUAAAUCUAUGUUAAUUUUAAUCCAACAAAAAAAUCAUAGUAAAGAUAAAAACAUUCCUACAACAGCCUCUACUAAAGAGGAUUCUUCUUUCAUAGAAAUAGAGAAUCAUACAAUCAAACUUGAAAAAGAUUUUAACAAAAAUAUGGCACGGCUACAGCAAUAUUUGUCUACAGAUGGUAAAGAAUUAAAAUAUGAAACUCAAUUGAGAGCAUUUUUUGCAUUACCUUACGUAGAAGAUCCAUUGUCUGAUCCAUUAUUUCGUGAAAUAUUUAAUAAGAGUUGGACAGAGAAAUUAUCUAUACACUUGCAAGAAUUUAUUGCAAAGUAUGUACAGGAUAGUGGAGAGAAUGAAGAAAUUAUGGGUGAUUGCAUUGAAUCAAGUAAGAUAUCUGAGAUUGAUAUAACUACUUCAACAAUACCUUGUAAAAUAUCUAAUACAGAUAAUACAGAAAAAAUUGUUACCAAAAAUAAUCUACCAAUUAAACCGAAUGACAGAGAUGUACCUGACUUUUUAGGAGAUAAAAGUGAAGAACAACUUAAUAUUUCUUAUGAAAGGAAAUAUAAUAUGGAAUCAAAAAGUACACAAACGCACAAUCAUUUAAUAAAAGAUUAUCCACAGUAUUAUUUAGUAGAAAACACGGAUCAUCAAAAUAUUUAUAGAUACAAUCCAAAAUUAAUACAAUAUAAUCAAGAAUUAGCAUUAACAAAAUCCCAUUUAUAUAAUGUUCAUUCUAAUUAUAAAAAAUUAAAAUCUCGAUUUCAUAAAUUACACGGAGAUUAUCAUAAACUUCUGAGUAUAGCUGCAGAGUUAACAGCAGUUCUUGAAAAUUCAGUAAAAGGUCAAUCUGUAGAUCUACAAGGAAUGUUAGAAUCUUGUAUGAAGAUAUUUCCAGAUUUAUUUAAUCAAAAUAUAAGAGAUGAAUUGCAAGUAAAAGUACAAAAAUCCGAUGAUACAAAUAAACGAGAUAUUAUUCAGCCUAAUUUUAAUAUCAUUAAUAUAUCACCAAAAUUGUUAGAUUUUAAAAAGAUUAAAUUACAUUUAAUAAAUGGAAAUGUAAAGACAAAAUUACUUCUCUUGCAAGCAUUACGUUGGAAAAUUACUUUAAGUCAACCUGGAGAACGUGAUGAAGCUAUACACGAAUAUAUAAGUAGAGAUUUAUUAGGAUUACAUGGUCAGAUUGCCAGUGACAAUGGAAGAUCAAUUUUACCAUAUUUAUUAACACCAGAAAAUGUUCCAAUGCCACAUCCAUUGCAACAAUCUACAGCUAGGUUGUUAAAUACUUUUGCUUCCUUACAAUGUGGUAGAGAUUAUUUAUCCAUGGAUUCAUCUAUAGUUAGGGUGAUAUUUAAUUGCCUCAAUGACAACUACCACGAUGGAAUAGAUUCUCUGACUUAUGAUAUGACACUAUCUACUUUACAAAAAUUAUCAUUGCGCAAGCAGCAAAGAUUAUAUAUGAUAGAUAGAGGAUUGUUGGAAUGGCUGAUUUAUCAUUUACAUAAUGAAAGUAAUACAAUGAGUUUUUAUAGAUUAAAAUAUGCAACAGCUCUUUUGAUGAAUUUAUCAUUGCAUAAGCAAGCUCAGAUUAGAAUAUCUACAACAGCAUCAUUACUCAUAUCAACUCUUAUAAUGCUUCUGGCAAUUGAUCAUCCUUCUGUAUCACCAUAUGUUAAUGGAGCAUUAAAUAAUUUUCUUGCAAAUGAUCAAAUAAAUAAUGAAGCAAAACAUGUAAAUCUUUCAUCUAUAUUGGAACAAUUAUGUAAAAAUAAAACUGGAGAAAUGAGGGAAUAUCUGGAACACAUUCUGAAAGUACAUAAACGUGAAUGUAUUAUUGAUAUAGAGGAUGACGCAAUUUCAGAUAAUGAUAAUGAAGAAUUUGAUGUAUUGGAAAAUGAAUUAGAGGAGAAUGAUCCUGUUAAAAAUCAUAAAGCAGAAUUAUAUGGAGAAGUAUUGUUGUCAACAUGUUAUAUGAUUACACCAGAUGUAUUUCAGAAAGAAUCUGUAGCUAUUAGUAAAGCCUUGACAAAAACCUCUGAUACAAAAUUACUGCCAUUACAAAACAAUAAGAAACAUAAUCAGUCUUGCAGUAAUACUAGUUUAUCAUUACUUGAACAUGUUCCAAGAUUCACAUGGAAAGAAAAAAGAGAAAGAAGCGAAGAUAAAGUAGUUAAUCAAAAUAGUAAUAGUAUGUUAAAAUUAUCAAAAAGCAAAAUAGUUUCAAAUAAAAAACGUACAAAUAAUUUUGACAAUACUUCACAAACAAUAAAUUUGCCUAGUGAAUCUAAUAGGAUUUGUUAUAAACAUACUGAAAAAACUAUGUCACAUAAUAUAUCAUACAAUCUUGAUGAAAAUAUGACAAAUUUAACUUCUGUAUCAAAAAAACAUAAUACAAUGAAUGCAGAAUAUGCAAAAGAUGAAAGACAGAAUAACAGAAGAUUGACUAAUUCAAAUUCUAAAAAAAUGAGUGCAUUUAAGCAAAAUUAUUUAAAGAAAGCUAUGACUGAUGAUCUUACAGUAUAUUUAUAUGAAAAUCAAACUUCCAAAGAAAGUAGUACAAUGACAAUAUCAUCUUCAAUGACUUUAGAAUCUACGCAUGAAAAUAAAAAAGGACUAGAAAAAUUCAGCAGUAUUGCAUCAUUGAGUAACAUAAACAAUGAUAAUGACAAAUUAUUUGAUAAUGCUGCCAAUGCAAUUAAAUUUAAAUGCGAUAAAGAAGAAGAAGCAUUUUUGGCCAAACCAAAAAUUUCAAGGACGCCUCCUUGUUUACAUUAAUGUACAUGCGUGCGUAUAAUGAUAUGACUGAAAAUAUGAAUCUAUAAACAAAUGAUAGCAAAUAAUAAACAUCCAAUUACUUAACAAAAAAUUUAUUUUAAAUAGUAUAAAAAGUAUGUUUUUUUUUCUGUUUUUUCUGUUUUUUUUUUUUUUUUUUUUUUUUUUUUUUUUUAUUUAACAAUUUUUCGAUUAAGAGUACGUAGAUUUAUGUAGUAAACGCAUUUGUACUUAUAUUAUCUGUAUAUUCGGUAUUUCUAUUAUAUAGUUCAGAAGAUUCAAAAUCAUCAUAAUUAUUGUUAAUGUUAUUAUUAUUAUAACUGAAAUUUGGCGAAUGAACAGGUACUGGGUUAUUACGUGGCCUAUUUAAAAAAUUAUUACGUUUCUUUUUAUAACCUCUAUUUACAUCACCUUUAGUAUUAGGAUAAAAUCUUGUAGAAUAAAUAUAUCUAGGAUAAAGACUGGAGCCACCAAUUUUAAUUAUUAUUGCUUUCCCAUUAUCUUUUGCAUAACUAUUAGAAAAAUGAUUAUUUUUAUGUCCCUUUAUUACAUAAUUUAAAUUACUCUUGGAAGGAUAAGUAGAUACUCCAGAAGGAUAUUUGAUUCUUCUAUAAUUAAUUGGUCUUUCCAACUUAUGAAAAUUAAUGUUUUUACCAUGUAUGUUAGAAUUAUAAUUAUUUGAUACAGAGCUUGAUAAGUCACCUAAAGAUGGACUUUGAUUUUGAUUUAAACCUUGAAUUUGAUCUUUGGUCUUAUGAUCUUCUUGCAUAUAAAAUAUGUCAGGUGAAAAUAUAUUUAAUGCAUCAUCUUCAUAAUUAUAUUUUCCUUUGAUAUUAAAGAUAUUACCUUUUUGCUUUCCAUAAAAUUGUUGAUGAUUAUUGAUGUAAGUAUCAUCUGCCAUAGACGUAUCAGAAUCUUGUUCAUAUCUUAUAGGAGCAAAUGACGACGGGACUCCAUUAGAAUAGCUUCCAGAUAUGAAAUCAGUAUAAGAAGAUCCUUUGUGAUGAUGAUCACUUGAAUAUUGAGAUGAAUCGGGAUUUCUAUAUUUUCCAAAAUCAAACUCUUUAUUACUACUAUUAGUAGAGUAUUUUUGAAAAUGAUAAGGCAAAUCCUCUUUUAUAAAAUUUAAAUUGUUAUUAUGAUUUUCAUAACUUGUGUCCAUAUGUCCUGACAAUCUAUUAUCAUUCGAUUGAGCAAGAAAAGGUAAAUUACUGACUUCAAGAUUUGCUUUAUUUAUUCUGCCAUUAAAUGCAUAAUCCCUUUCUUGAUUUUCUGUAUCAUAAUUAUUAAUAUUUUUUUGAUUUAUAUUAUCCCCAGGUAUAUAUCUUCCAUUGAAAAUAUGUUUGUUGGGUUCAAAUCUGUCAUCCGGUUUAAAAUAGUAAUCUAUAGAAAUUAUUUGUUAAAUUAAUUUAUUAUUAAUGUUAGAGAUUGAUAAAAUAAUUGAUAAAGAAAAAAGAAAAAAAAAAAAAAAAAGAAAAAAAAAUACAUACUGCCAGUGGAUGCUGCUGUAUGAACCAUAAGGAUGGAACACGUAAAUAUUCUAUACUAUAAAAAUAAUAAUCUUACAAUAUAUUUAUUUUAUUGAAAAAGAAAGAAAUAUUUAUAUGUAUUGAUAUUAUUUGUUUACUUACAAAUUUUGUUCUUGCCAUCUUGAUAAGAAUUUAAUUAUGAAAGAAAAACUUUAUAAGUGUAGUUCUUUACUAACUAAGAAGGAACUGCACACACUGAUGUACAAAUCUGCUGCUUACUGUUUUAUACCUCUUGAAAGAUGUCCCUCCUUGAUAGAAAGCUAAAAGUGAUCUUGAAGAACACAUAUUGAUGGGACAUCGGAUGGGUCUUGACCAUACAGAGCAUAGAGAGUAAGAGUUAGCUUGCUUUAAUUCUUCACUUUUACAAGUUCUUAGUAAUAGGUCAGUGGAAUACUUGUUACUGCAUAUUUAUCCUUUCUCUUAGACUAUAUUUUUUGUUACAUUAUAUAUUUUACAAAAAUUGUUUUUUUUCUUUUUUUUUUUUUUUUUCUUUUUUUUUCCACAAUAAUAAAAUUUGUAUUUUCUGAUAGCUUACACUUCGUCCACGCAAUAUACGUGUAUACAUUCGUUAAUUUUCCUUCGAAUACUUUCUAGUAUAUGUAUAUGCAGGCACGUAUCCAUUUAAGAAUGCAUGCUGUCUGAAAAUUGAUCAAGUCAAUUUGAAUAGGGCGCGUUUUACUACGUUUUGAUACUACAAAAAAAGGAAAUCGAUAUGUGACUUCGAUGUUAUCACUAUUUUAAUCCUAAACGAACGAUGAAUUAUAAAAUAACAUUUAUCGUAAGCAAUUUCUAAAUCAAUAUGUUAGAAUUAAUAGGAAGAACUGGCUCAGAUGAUUUUUUCUUUUUUUUUUUUUUCCCUCGUCACUCUAUGACUUUCUUUCACGGAGUGUAUUAGAUAUUUGAAUGUAAAAAAUAGAAUAUAGACAGCAGUAGCAUUAAGAAGUAGCAUAGAAAGUAAAAUGACAAUGGAAAGUAGACACUAGUUAAUAGUAAACUUGUCGUUACCCGUUAAAGAAAAUCGAGUUGCAACAAAAAAAAAAAGAAAAAGAAAAAAAAAAAAAAAAAAAAAAAACACUUUCAUAUACAGAUCUGAUACGCUUUUUAAAUUUUUAUUUAAAAAUGAUGCGUACAAUAAUUGAUAUUACUAUUUAUUAAUCAUUCAUAUUAAUUGAUCUAACAUUUUUAUAAUAUAAUUUUUUUUGUAUUCGAUAAACAUAUUCUAUAAUCUAUGCAGUUAAUUUAAAUUACUGUGUAUAUAUAUAUAUAUAUCUAAACAUGUGUGUUUAGAAAGUAGCGCGUACAUUGUUUACUUAUUAUACGCAUGCGUGAAGAGUAUACAUUUGUUACAAGGACGUUGUUUCUGCUCAUGACUAAGAAAUGACACUUGAGACUCUGUGUAAUGUGUGUCAAACUAUGGCGAACGAAGAAAACAAGGAAAGUGAUUUAAAUGAUGUGGUCUUGCAGGAGAAUGUGUGCAAAACUAAUGCAAAGAAACGUCCAAAAAGAGUGUUGCAUUUUUCUGAUGGAGAUUUAGAAGAAUAUUCUUCAGAAGAUGAAGUAGAUAAGAUAGAAGAAAAUAAAAUUGUAGCAGAAAUCGAUCCG